AUGCUGGGCGCUCUCCGGAGCUCCGUUUGCUCUCUCUCUAGAUUCUCUCUCUCUGUGGCAAAACUCAGCAUCGACCUCGCCACGCCGAGCCCUCGCCGCAAGCUCGUCUGGGUGUGGCCUUCAGCCCCGACGCCCGCCAUGGAGUCCGUCGUCGCGUCGCUCAGUGCGUCCGAGUGCCUGGGCUACCUCCAGGGCGCGUCCCUGGACGCGAACGCGCUGGCGCAGCUCCGCGCGGACCUGCGGGACCCGGAGACGGGCGCGCGCGUCCUCGCCGUGGGCCCCCUGAGCAAGCUGCGCGGCGCCCUCAAGGACCGGCGCGCGUCGCCGGUGCCGCCCGCGGCGGCGGCGCCGGUUCCGCCCGCGGCGCCCGAGCCCGCGGCGGCGGCGGCGCCCGCGGCCGUCGCGCCGGACCUCGCGGCCUUCCUCGACGGCCUCGACCUCGGCCGCCACGGCCCCCAGCUCGCGGCCUGCGGCAUCGGCUCCGCCGCGGCGCUCCUCGCGACGCCUCCGGAGACGCUCAAGAACCUCCGCGACCCCGUCGACAACGCCAAGGUGCUCUCCAUCGGCCCGCUCUCGAAGAUCCGCGCGGCCCUGCCGGCCCUCGAGGCGUCCCUCGGCGCCGCCGCGGCGCCGCCCGCGCGCGCGGAGCCGCCGCCCGCGCGCGCGGAGCCGGCGCCGGCGGCCGCCGCCGCGGUUGAACCGGCGCUCGCCGAGUGCCUCGCGGGCGCGAACCUCGACCAGUACGGCCCGGCCCUCGCCGCGGCGGGCUACGGCACGCUCGCGCGCGUCAAGGCCGCGUCCGGCGACGAGCUCAAGGCGCUGACGAACCCGUCGACGGGCGGCAAGCUGCUGGCAAUCGGGCCGCUGUCGAAGCUCCGGACGGCCGCGGCCAACGCCGAGGCCGCGGCGCCGCCGGCCGCGCGGGCCGCGAGCCCGGCGGCGCGGGCCGCGAGCCCGGCGCCGGACCUCGCGGACUUCCUCGAGGGCCUCGGGCUCGCGCGCGUCGGGCCGGGCCUCGCGCGGUGCGGUUUCGCGACCGUGGCGGACCUCGCCGCGAACGCCGGGGCCCUCAAGGACCUCGUCGACCCCGUGGGCGGCGCCAAGGUGCUCACCAUCGGCCCCCUCUCGAAGAUCCGCGCCGCGCUGCCCGGCGCCGGGGGUCCUCCGCCCGCGGCCGCGGCGCCGCCCGCGGCACCCGCGGCGCCGCGGCCGCCGGCCGCGCCGGCCGCGGACCUCGCGGCGCUCCUCCGCCAGCUCGAGAUCGACCGCGUCGCCGCGGGUUUAGCGGCCUGCGGCGUCGCGUCCGUCGCCGACGUGCGCCGCCUCGGGCCCGACGGCCUCAAGGACCUCCGCGACGCGGCGACGGGCGCGCGCGUCCUCGCCGUCGGGCCGCUCAGCAAGCUCCGGAGCUUCCUCGCGGAGCCGGCGCCGCCCGCCGGCGACGGCGGUUUGGGGGCCUUCCUCGCCGCGGCGGACCUCGCCAAGUACGAGGCGCCCCUCGCGCGCGCGGGCUUCGCGACGCUCGGCGCGCUCCGCGGCGCCGCGCCCGAGACGUUGAAAGACCUCCGGGAUCCCCAGACGGGCGCCAAGGUCCUGGCCAUCGGCCCCCUGAGCCGCCUGCGCACGGCGCUGGGCGCGUCGCCGACGCCCCGCGCGGCGCCGGCGGCCCAGGAUGCGCCCCUGCCCGCGGGGCUGGUCUUCGGCUGCGCGUCCGGCGACGCCGCCGACGAGUCGCUCGACCGCCGCGUCUUCGCGUUCCCCGCGUCCCACCUCGCCGUGGUCCGCGCCGUGAAGCGCGCGCCCGACGCGUCGCGGCGCGCCGUGCGCUGCUUCCUCUACGACGCCGCGCGGCGCCGGCUCCACGGCAUCUUCCGCCCGGACUGCGCGGCCGACGACCCGGACGCCGUCGCGCCCUACGCGUUCACGGCCAAGCCCUGGACCGGCGUCGCGCUCCCGCCGCCGCCGGGCGCGCGGCCGACGCCCUACGCCGCCCAGCUCAAGGUCGCGCCCGUCCAGCCCUUCCCCGCGAUCUCCACGAGCCGCCUCCCGCCGGGGUUGCUCUCCUUCGACGGCUCCGGCGCGCCGGCCUACGCCCUCGACGCGGACCAGGUCCGCGAGAUCGCCAAGCUCUUCGUCAAGAACCGGACGGCGUGA